UCGAUAAAUCUAGAAUUUACUUUUCUCAUCUCUUUCGGGCAUUGUGUUGUCAACACGUUUUGUGAGAAAAAUUAAUUUAAGGGAAAAUGCCACCAAAGAAAACAAGUGUAAAUCAACUUUAUGCUGGUUAUAAAGCUACCUAUCAGAAACCAAUGGCGAACUCUGCUUACGAUCACAUGUCCAUAUCAAAUAGUUAUGGAAGAGCCGCUGAGACUCCAAUAUUUCAGGCACCUGUUGAACCAAAACGGCGUGGUCGCCCGCGAAAGAACGCGGCAUCAACUGUAGCGAAGGCGGAAGAAAGUGUUGCCACUCAAGUCGCUAGGUCUUUAGUUCGGUCGUUAAAGGAUAAUAAGAAACCUCUACUUACGGAAAAUCAUGGAUUUAAUCGUAAUCAAAAACCGGAUUAUAUUGUAUCUGGCUUCUACUACGAAGAACAAUUGGUGUUUGCCGUAAGAUUUAAGGGUAGAAAGACCCCGGAUUUUAUUUGUGCCAAAGAAUUGAAGCUUAGAGCUCCAGAAUUGUUAAUCAAUUUCUAUGAAUCGCGUUUGCACUACACUCACAAUGAUUGAUUUGUUUAUUAUACUGCAAUAUUUAUUAAUUAUCCUCAAUUAAAUUUACUCUUAU